AAUAUGUAAACAUCAGCCUCAAACCUGUCAGACGAGAUACCAAUGCAUUUUAUACACAAUGCAAAUUUGAACAGACUUCUUUUUUAUGAUUUUGCCUUUUAAUACACUCGACUUCGUGAUUUAUCGGGAUGUGACUAUGCUGUCAAGAAGCGACAGUACUUCUGUGCAAGUGUCAGAAUGCUAGCAGCCAGUUAGCUCGCUGCUGGAUCACAUUCAUGCGCUUAUAGUUGUCUUACAUUUCAACGGAUUCGUCCAUUCUUUGUUACCGGCAGUCCAGACUCCUCGUCCUACUGUGAAGGAUGGGCGUGAAAACCUUCACUCACAACUCCCCCAGUCACAGCCAGGAGCUUUUGGAUAAGCUCAACACCCUACGCAGUGAGGGCCACUUCUGUGACGUCACUAUUCGCGUACAAGGCCAGAUGUUCUCGGCCCACAAGGUAGUGCUAGCUUGCUGUAGUGACUUCCUUCGAGCAAAGCUCUCUGGGAAGCCGGCUGAAGAAGACACUGUAAUUGUAGGCGAAGAUAACAAACAUGUGCUAGAUCUUCAACACGUGACGGUCGCCGGUUUCGCUCCUCUUCUGGAAUACGCUUACACAUCAACCCUGUCCAUUAGUACGGAGAAUAUCAUCGACGUACUAGCAGCAGCUAGCUACAUGCAGAUGUUUGCGGUGGCCAACACUUGCUCUGAGUUCAUGAAGUCCAGUAUCCUGUGGAACUCGGCAUCCUCGGGAGCAGGAGGCCCCAGUAGCAUCCAGCCUCCAGUUUUACACAGGCCCCAAGAAACCCCUGAAGGCCAUGCGAGCUGCACCCUUGCCCCUGUAGAUGCCCUCUCGCCAUCUCCGGUCUCGUCUGAGUGCAGUGUACCAGAGCGGCCCAUCCCUGUGUGCCGCGAGUCUAGACGCAAGCGCAAAGGCUUUGCGAGCCCGCAACCAGCAUCCUCAACCUCUCCACAAGUCCCCAACCCUUCUCCAUCCUCUUCCUCCUUCCCAGAGAGUUCAGCCCAGGCUCUGGAACCAUCUCUGUCCUUCUCCUGGACAUACCCCUUUGGUAUGGACCGGCGGUUUGCAUCAGAUAAGUCAAAACUACCCGAAGGUCUCCUGGAACCAUCUGGAGGGGGGCAGGACUCUAGUGGACGGGCAUUGGUGGAGUAUCUGGCUUGCGAGGGCCCACGUGUAGGGGGCGUGGCAGGGGUGGAGGAGGAGGAAGAAGAGGAUGUGCAGGUGAAGGUGGAGAGGCUGAGUGAUGAAGAAGUGCAUGAAGAAGCUUCUCAACCAGUCAGUGCUCCACACAGUUCUCUGAGUGACCAGCAGACAGUUCCUGGCAAUGAACACACCCAUGAGGAUCUACUAAUCAGCCCUCAGUCCUCAUCCAUUGGCUCCCUGGAUGAGGGGGUGACAGAGGGUCUCCAAUCCAUGCAGGGCACUCCGAACACUACUGGUCACAUGGAGGAGGAUGAGAGGCUGGAGAAUGUCCAGUACCCAUACCACCUGUACAUUAGCCCCUCCACUCGCCCAGGACUCAACGGUCCUGAACGGCCCUUCCAGUGCCCUACAUGUGGCGUCCGCUUCACUCGAAUACAGAAUCUCAAGCAGCACAUGCUCAUCCACUCUGGUAUUAAGCCAUUCCAGUGUGACCGCUGCGGGAAAAAGUUUACGCGGGCUUACUCCCUGAAGAUGCACCGGCUGAAGCACGAAGGUAAACGCUGUUUCCGGUGCCAGAUCUGUAGCGCCACUUUCACUUCCUUCGGUGAAUAUAAGCAUCACAUGAGGGUGUCUCGCCACAUCAUCCGCAAGCCUCGGAUUUACGAGUGCAAAACGUGCGGCGCCAUGUUUACCAACUCCGGCAAUUUAAUCGUACAUCUGAGGAGUCUCAACCAUGAGGCGUCAGAACUAGCAAACUACUUCCAGAACAGUGAGUUCCUCCUCCCAGACUACCUGAGUCACAUGCAAGAGGAAGAGGGGCUGGGACACUUUGAGAUGAGUGAGCAGACCUUUGAAGCUUCUUCAUCCUCUUCCUCAGUCCAAACAACAGUUAUCUCUCAAGUUUCCUCUACCAUGAACUAUGACAACCACACUUCUGCACCUCCUUCCCAAACCCCAAACCCCAGGUCAGGGCACGGAGGAGAGGCCGCACAAGUGGACCAUCCGAAGUCCACUGCUGUUGUGACCUCUCUGCAAGACCCGGAGGAAGACGAGGGAGAGAAGGACAGAGGUGGAAGAAAGAAGAAGAAAAGACUAGUGUCAAUUACAAUUGAGUGAAAACAUUCCAUACCUGUAAACAUGUAUAAUAACAGUCAAUGUCCUGUUGCCCACUCAAUACUUCUGUUGUUGACGGCCUAUUAUACUCUCAGAAAAAAAGGUACAAAAGCUGCCAUUGGGGCGGUACCUUUGAAAAAGGUACACCUUUGUACUUUAUUUAUAAGUGUGCAUAUUAAUAUCUUAAAAGUAUUAGUACCUAAAAUUUAUAUAUUAGUACUACAGAUGCACUGAUCAACGGGCCAGGGACCGGAAUUAGCCGAUUUUCCGCAUGAUCAGCCCAGACCGGUGACCGGCUGGUCAAUCUCACGUCGUGUCGAUUCUGAGCAGUCCAUUUUGACGUCACAGCUAUGCUCAUGCGACUCACAUCCGCGUGUAAACUUGGAAGUUCUUCACUGUGAGUGAAGAAUACACAACGUUUGCAAUUUGUUAUACGUGUAAGGCCAGAGUAAACUGAGGGGGGGACCACAGGGCUUGAUUACGCUUGUCCGGGACAAGCCAAGUAGAUGGAGACCUCCAAAAUGGGGUGUGACCUCCAAAACUGGGUGUUAACUCCAAAAGGGGGCGGGAUCUCCACAUGCAAGAGUUAGUAAAUUAAUCAGCAUUUCUUGCAUAAAGUUGAAUUAAUAUUACAUCAAAUGUAAGCUAAUGUGAAAUAUAAAGUUACUAAAUAUGCUUUUAAACAUGUUUAAUUUAGGUUUCCUUGGCCCUGUCCCACCACAACGCUCUGGAGUUAUAGCCGGUUAAAGCUGGAUCUUUGGGGAACGAUAGCUCCCGACUGAUUUGCCCGACUGGACAAGAAGUCUGAUUAAAACGUCAAUAACAAAAAUAACUAAGGAAACUUGGCCAUCAAAAAUGUUUGUGCGAGAAUGAUUGUGAUUUUAUUGCAUUCAGUGUAAACGGAGACUAAUAAUGUAUUGAUGUCUUGACAGAUGAGGGUUGUGCUGAGUGAGAGAGAGUGAGAGAGAGACUCGUGCAGAAAUCAAAACAAAUGAGUGCAACAACACACACAAAGUAACUCACAGAAAGUUAGAGAACCAUACUGCUGCAGAAGGUAAGCAACAUUACAAGACCAAGAUGUUUCCCCAAAUAUCAACAUGAUUGCAAUGUGACACUGAUUUUAUACCAUAGUAGUGUAAUAAACAAGUUAAAAUUAAAUGACUUUUUAGA